GGCUGCGGUCUUCCCCCAUCUCUCCGCCCUGCCUCCCUCAAUUCCUCUAGGCCCACUCCUCAACUUCCUUCUGCCUGCCUCACACUGGAUAGGGUUAACAUCUCCUCUGACGGUGCCAGUAACACCCAGGCUGUAGCGUGAGCUGGGCUCAAGCGAGCUAGUGAGCGGGAGGCAGAGCUGGAGACGGGGGAGUGGCGGGAGGGGGGGAAGGAGAGGAGACCUGUCCAGAUUCCCCACCAGCAGAGACCCUCCCUCUGGACAGGCCCUUCCUGCCUGUGCGGCAGCCUCUCCGGUCCAACCACGGUGCUUGGAGGGGACAGCGUGAAGAAGGUCUCCGAGGAGCGCUGUGUGUAGCCACAGGGAUCUGGGAUGAGGAAGUUGCAGGCCGAUCACCUCCGGGAGGUGCCUUCCUCGUGCCCUACUUCAUCAUGCUGGCCAUCUGCGGGAUCCCUAUCUUCUUCAUGGAGCUGUCUCUGGGCCAGUUCUCCAGCCUGGGGCCCCUGGCUGUCUGGAAGAUCAGUCCCCUCUUCAAAGGGGUUGGGGCCGGCAUGCUGCUAAUCGUGUCGCUGGUGGCCAUUUACUACAACAUGAUCAUCGCCUACGUCCUCUUCUACCUCUUCGCCUCUCUGACCAGCGACCUGCCCUGGCAGCAUUGUGGCAACUGGUGGAACACGGAGCUCUGCCUGGACCACCAUGCCAUGCGGGAGGCCAACGUGGCCCUGCCGCUCAACCUGAGCGGCACCGUCAGCCCCAGCGAGGAGUACUGGAGCCGCUACGUCCUUCACAUCCAAGGCAGCGCAGGGAUUGGAGACCCCGGCGGGAUCCGCUGGAACCUGUGCCUCUGCCUCCUGCUCUCUUGGGUCAUCGUGUUCCUCUGCAUCCUCAAGGGGGUCAAGUCGUCCGGCAAGGUGGUGUACUUCACAGCCACCUUUCCCUAUGUCAUCCUCCUGAUGCUGUUGGUCCGUGGUGUGACGCUGCAGGGAGCCUGGAGGGGCAUCCGGUUCUACCUCACCCCCCAAUUUGAGCACCUGCUGACUUCCAAGGUGUGGAUUGAGGCAGCCCUGCAGAUCUUCUAUUCCCUGGGAGUGGGCUUUGGAGGGCUCCUCACUUUUGCCUCUUACAACACUUUUCACCAGAAUAUCUACAGAGACACAUUCAUCGUCACCUUGGGCAACGCCGUCACCAGCAUCCUGGCCGGCUUCGCCAUCUUCUCCGUGCUGGGCUACAUGUCCCAGGAGCUGGGCGUCCCUGUCAACCAAGUGGCCAAAGCAGGGCCCGGCCUGGCAUUCGUGGUGUACCCCCAGGCCAUGACGAUGCUUCCCCUCUCUCCAUUCUGGUCCUUCCUCUUCUUCUUCAUGCUGCUGACGCUGGGCCUGGACAGCCAGUUCGCCUUCAUGGAGACCAUUGUGACGGCUGUGACGGAUGAGUUUCCUUACUACCUGCGCCCCAAGAAGGCCUUCUUUUCGGGGGUCAUCUGUGUGGCUAUGUUCCUCAUGGGACUCAUCCUCACCACUGAUGGGGGAAUGUACUGGCUGGUUCUACUGGAUGAUUACAGUGCCGGCUUUGGUCUCAUGGUGGUGGUCAUCACUUCCUGCCUCGUAGUCACCCGUGUGUACGGCAUACAGAGGUUCUGCCGGGACAUCCACAUGAUGCUGGGCUUCAAACCAGGCUUCUACUUCAAGGCCUGCUGGGCCUGCCUGUCUCCGGUGACGAUGAUGGCCUUGCUGGUGUACAGCAUCGUCAAGUACCAGCCCUCUGAGUACGGGAACUACCACUUCCCCUUCUGGGCCGAGCUGCUGGGCAUCCUGAUGGGGCUCCUCUCUUGCCUCAUGAUCCCCGCUGGGAUGGUGGUCGCCGUGCUCAGGGAAGAGGGGCCUCUGUGGGAGAGGAUCCGGCAGGCCAGCCGUCCCGCUAUGGACUGGGGUCCGUCCCUGGAGGAGAACCGGACUGGCAUGUACGUGGCCACCCUGGCCGGGAGCCAGUCUCCCAGACCGCUGAUGGUCCACAUGAGGAAGUACGGGGGAAUCACCAGCUAUGAGAACACAGCCAUCGAGGUGGACAAGGAGAUGGAGGAAGAGGAGGAGUCAAUGAUCCGGAAGUCCCGGGGAGGAGCCGGAGAGGAGACCACUGAUUUCUUCAGCGAGGGGCAGAGGGCUCCUGUCUGAGAGGCCAGAAGAAGCUGGAACAACCCUGUCCCACGCCAGGGGUGAGGCUCAGCCAGCGGCAAUGAAUCUCCUCAGCCCUACGUGUGCACGUGUGUGCGUGCGUGUGUGCGUGUGAACAUCGGGUGUAGUGCGUGUGUGUAUAUGUGUGUGUGUGUCGGGUGGCUUGUCUCCUGUAAAAAGGUGUUGUGUAGAGGGUGCGGGGCACCCUUUUUUUAAGGUGUAGUUGUGCAGCCUGACUGCAGGCCUCAGCGUGGCUUCCUCCUCCCCGGCCCCUGGCCCUGAUGUGCCCUCGGCUGUUUUUUGUGCUGUCAGUGGUUCAACAUUAUUAAACCCUCUGUGAGAAGUCUUC